AGAGCCUGAUUUCUGCUGUGAUAAUCUUCAGCAGACAGAGGCUAAGGCUACAGUGAGGCAUACCUGCUUACAUAGUGUGUGCAGUGCCUCGUUGAAUUCUGAGCUUUAUUUCGUUUUACUAUUUUUUAUCAAAAAAGUAGAUGCAAUGAUAGGAUGAAGUGAAUUGGAUGCUUUGGACUAAUGGGAGCUUAUUUUCUGCAUGAAGAACGAGAACUUUUAUGGAAUCCUCUGUUCUCUGGGUAGCCUGGUAUUCUGUAGGGGUGUGUGUGUGUGUGUGUGUGUGCACGCGUAUGUUUUCAAUUUGAAGAACACUGAAGAAAAUCAGCAAACUUCAUUUCCCGAAGAGCUCUCUCUUUUUUGCAAUACUUGAAGAUUUCUGCUCCAAAAUACUCUUUGAGCCGCCUGAGCAUCGUGGUUGGUAACUGAAGGGCAAAGCAUCUCCUUUGUAGCAUGUGUUACAGAAAUUCUUCAGAUAACUUUACUUGCUAACACAGGUGACUCUAUGGAUUUCUUUCAAAGCCAGUUCGAAUAAAUAACUCUUUCCUCUCAAAUGGGCACGGGUAGCUCUUCAGCACCAUGGAGAGGUCUGGGCAGUGUGGGACGACGUGGGACUGUGACCAGAGCAAGCCAUCUGACAGUGAUUACCGAGAGGAUGGGAUGGAUCUAGGCAGUGACGCCGGCAGCAGCAGCAGCAGCAGCAGCCGCGCCAGUUCGCAGUCCAACUCCACCAAAGUGACCCCUUGCUCCGAGUGCAAAUCCUCGUCGUCGCCGGGGGGCAGCCUGGACUUGGUGUCUGCCCUGGAGGACUAUGAGGAGCCCUUCCCGGUCUACCAGAAGAAGGUGAUUGAUGAGUGGGCGCCGGAGGAGGACGGGGAGGAGGAGGAAGAGGAGGACGAGCGCCACGAGCGGGGGUGCCGGGAUGCCCGCCGUCCGGCCCGGGAGCCGGGGGGCGUGAGCGCCAGGACCCGCGGCGGCGGCGGCGGCGGCGGCGGCGGCGGCGGCGGGGGCAAGGGCGCCACCACCGUCAUGCCGCCUCCCGUGCCCAACGGCAACCUGCACCACCCGCACGACCCCCAGGACCUCAGGCACAAUGGCAACGUGGUGGUGGUGGCCGGCCGGCCCGGCGGCUCCCGGGGCCCCCGCCGCGCCGUGCAGAAGCCGCAGCCCGCGCGGGGCCGACGUGGAGGCCGGGGCCCGGCAGCUGGGGUCCUCGCGGUUCCGCCCGCGGACGGCGGGACGUGCGUCCCCGAGGAGCCCCCGGCGCCCCCGAUGGACUGGGAGGCGCUGGAGAAGCAUCUGGCCGGACUGCAGUUCCGGGAGCAGGAGGUGCGCAACCAGGGCCAGGCGAGGACCAACUCCACCUCCGCACAGAAAAAUGAGAGAGAAUCUAUCCGACAGAAGUUGGCACUCGGAAGCUUCUUUGAUGAUGGCCCAGGAAUUUAUACCAGCUGUAGCAAGAGUGGGAAGCCAAGCCUUUCCUCUCGGCUGCAGAGUGGGAUGAACCUGCAGAUAUGCUUCGUCAACGACAGUGGCAGUGAUAAGGACAGCGAUGCUGAUGACAGUAAGACGGAAACCAGCUUGGACACCCCCUUGUCUCCCAUGAGCAAACAGAGUUCUUCCUAUUCUGAUAGAGACACUACUGAAGAGGAAUCCGAAUCUCUGGAUGACAUGGAUUUCCUCACAAGGCAAAAGAAAUUGCAAGCCGAAGCCAAAAUGGCCCUCGCCAUGGCCAAACCAAUGGCCAAAAUGCAAGUAGAAGUGGAAAAACAGAACAGGAAAAAGUCUCCCGUCGCUGAUCUCCUGCCACACAUGCCUCAUAUAAGUGAAUGCCUGAUGAAAAGAAGUUUAAAGCCCACUGACCUGCGGGACAUGACUCUCGGGCAGCUACAAGUAAUAGUCAAUGAUCUCCAUUCCCAGAUAGAAAGCUUGAACGAAGAGUUGGUCCAGCUGCUCCUCAUCCGAGAUGAGCUGCACACAGAGCAAGAUGCCAUGCUGGUGGACAUUGAAGACUUGACCAGACAUGCGGAAAGUCAGCAGAAGCACAUGGCAGAGAAAAUGCCUGCAAAGUGAAAGAAGCCAUCCGACCAGAGGACAAGCUAGAAUUUCUUUUGCUUCUGUGGUUGUAAAAAUGCUAUUGCUAAAGGUGGCGCAGAAACAAACGAAUAUCAGUGUUAGUCAUUGAUAAUGUCUGAAGCUUAACGUCCAGUGAUUGGCCUUUGCUUCUUAAUUUAUUUUAAUUUUUUUACUGUGCCACUAAAUAUCAGGCAUUUUAAUAAAAUAUUGUUACAAAAAAUGUACAGUACUGACACCAUCACAAGUCAUGGUUAUCAAAGAGGGUAGUUUUAACUUUAUUUUUAUUUGUUUAGAGAUUUUAAGUUGGAGCAGUAUUUUACCACUGACUACUUUCAUUCUUCACUGUAGUUUUAAAGAAGAACUGUAAAUGAC